AUGCUGGCUGGCGGCGUGCUGGCCCUUCCAGAUUUAGUGGCAAGCACAGGUCUGGUGCCAGCUGUGGCCUCGGCCAUCGCCCUGGCUGCAUCGCUUCUCGCCCGCCUCCACCUCUCGCUCCUGCCCUGGAUCGUGGCUGCCGUCCUGCUCCCGCUGCUGUGGCUGGUCUGGGUGGCGGCAUCUGCGCCGGCUCUGGUGGACGUCAUGCUUGUCGCCACUGCACAGCUCCCACCGCAGCCAACACCGUCGGACGCGCGGUCUUUGGCGUUCAUCGCCACUCCAUCCGGCGGCGCAGCGCUGGCUGCCUUAGUCGCCGCCGCAUUGGUGGCGGCCAAGGCCGAUGCGCUCCGCGCUGCCGUCAUAACAUCGCUCGGCAGUAUGCUUCUCCUGCUGGCCAUGUGCGCUCGUCUUGUGUGGCUCUCGUCGCUCCCGCGCGUCGCCUCGUCGACCGCACCGUACUCGUCUCUCGCUGCUGCCGCUGUUGGCUGCGGCGGGGCGGUAGUCGGCGUGGCGACCGUCCUCACUGGCGCGAUCUCGCUCCCGCUGGCGCCGCUUGCUGAGCUGGCCGGCCAGGCUACCGUCGCCACUGCUGCGCUGCUCGCCAUGACCCUCGGCUGGAGUGUGAUGCUUGCAGCGUAUGGGGCGAUGCCGGCGAGCCUCGUUUACGCGGCCGCCCACGCCACGCUCUUGGUCAGUGGCGUGUGGCUAGGCGGCGGGUGGUCAACAGGCUCGGGCCUCAUUUCCGAGGCGCACGCUGUUCGCUCGCUAGUUCUAGCCUCGGUUGUUCUCGCAGCCACGCUCGGCCUUGUUUGGCGCCGACUCGACGCGUGGCUCACCUGGAGGCAGCCAGAGCCGGUGCAACGUCUGUGA